CACCCAUCUUUUCCUACAAGAAACCCUCCCCCUUUCUCACCGCCUCCACUUCUUGAAGACUUCUCUCUCUACACUUUCUCUCUCUAAACAAAAUUACACAAAAGCACAAGAAAAGCUGUGUCUCUCCAAAGUUCAAACUGGCGAUCGAUAAUCAGGAAACCACUGUCCGGGAAAUCAAACCCAAGAACAGGCGAAUCAUGGGAGCUGGAGGUCCUGAUGAGGAAGACAACCGUUGGCCGCCAUGGCUGAAGCCUCUGCUUCGCGAGAGGUUCUUCGUCCAAUGCAAAUCACAUGCUGAUUCACACAAGAGUGAAUGCAACAUGUAUUGCUUGGACUGUAUGAAUGGUGCUCUCUGCUCUCUCUGUCUCAACUAUCACAAGGAACACCGUGCCAUACAGAUAAGGAGGUCAUCAUACCAUGAUGUGAUCAGGGUUUCUGAGAUUCAGAAGUUUUUGGACAUCAGUGCAGUCCAGACCUACAUUAUCAACAGCGCAAAGGUUGUGUUCUUGAAUGAGAGGCCACAGCCUAGGCCUGGCAAAGGGGUCACCAACACCUGCGAAGUCUGCGAGCGAAGCCUUCUCGAUUCCUUCCGAUUCUGCUCUCUGGGUUGCAAGAUUGUGGGUACAUCAAAGAAUUUCCAGAGGAAGAGGAAGCAGUCACUGGAGAAGAAGCAGCCGCGGAUGGCGGGGAUGGCGUCGGAUUCCGAGGACUCAUACAGCAGCAGCGGCGGAAGCCAUGGCCGCCGGGGGAGGACAAGCAGCAGCGACACCAGCAAAGUCCAGAGCUUCACUCCGUCAACGCCACCACCAACUGUGGCUAAUUACAGACAGGCCAAGAGAAGAAAGGGUAUUCCCCACAGAGCCCCAAUGAGUAGUGGACUGGUCAUAGAAUACUAGUAGCCCCCACUACUUAUGCUUAAUGACCCUUAUACCCCCCAAUAUACAAGUUAGUGUCAUUAUAUGCCCCUAGGGGCCUGCAAGCACUUGAGCUUUUUACCAAAAGGCCAGUGUUGGAAAACCUAGAGAGUUUCUAUCUCUCUCUAUAUAAAUAUAUAUAUAUAUAUCUUUGGUAUUGUGUACAUAGAGGCAGCAAAUAGGAGAAAUUAUGGAAAAUAGAAGGGUAAGAAUGAUAAUAAGACAAUGUGAAAGGACAGAAUGGUGAAUGUAGCAAAAAUAAGCUUUAGCUGAAAGAUAUAGGUGUUUAGAAGAGAGUGGUUAUACAUAGGUUUUGUCCUCAUUGUUAAACUAGUUUGAGUGAAAAAUGUAAAUACCCUUUUGUGGUAGGGUCUAGAGGCAUAAAAUGACAAUGUACUCCAUGGAAAUAGGAGUUAUGUCUAUAUAUAUGGAAUGAAAUAAGACUCUUAUGGCUUGUAACAUGGUUGCAAAUAUGAUGUCUGGUUUUGUGCUUAA